CCCUCGCCGGGGUCCCCUUCUCGGAUCCCUGGCUGCUUGGCAGCAGCAAACGGCGGCGGCGGCUGCGGCGGCGGCGGCUGCAGCGGCGGCGGCGGCAGUAGCAUCCAGUGGCCAGUCUCUGCCCUUUACUGGCGUCCUGCGUGCCCAGAGAGCUGUGGUGCUGUCCCGCGGCGGCGGCGGCAGCAGCAGCUCGGGAGUCAGGAGCGCGGCUAGACCCGUCAGGGCAGGGCAGGGCAGGGUAGGGCAGGGCAGGGCAGGGCUAGGCUGGGCAUAGCUUAGUUUAGACAGCUCUGGGGGCUCCCUGCUGCUGCUCCCUCCCGCCUGUCUUCCAGCCCCGGGUGAGUCUUGGCUGCUUGUUGCUCGGGAAGUGUCGAGGAGUGGGGGUGUGGGGAGGGAGGCAAGGAGAUGUUGGGGAGCACUGGGGAGGGCGCUAGGACCGGGAAAGCGACUGAGAUUCUGUUACAAGGGGAACCCCGAGCUCAUUCUGGGGGAACGCCCUGGGCGGGGGCAAGGAGAGGUAACUUGGGCAUGAAAAGUAGUAGCUUGGGUGGGGGGGUACGGGAGGGGUGUGGCUCCUGGGGAACCGAGGAAAAGGGUUCGUCCUAGGAAGGAAUGUACACGGUGAGAGUUUUAGCUGGAGGGAUUGGGGGCGGGGGAAGAGGGGGGGAGUUGGAGUCGGAGUGGAGGUGCCAAGAGGAGGGGAGAUCGAAGUAGCAAGAUCUGGAAACUUAGAAGUGCGAAGGACAUGGGCAGAGCCCCGCUGGCAUUUAGUCGUCGUCUUCACAGACUUAAGGUGAACGGCUCCCAGAUCCCGGACCUGCCACAUAGAGAGCUCCUAGGUAAGGCCACCAUGACAACGGCCAUUUUGGAGCGCCUCAGCACUCUUUCGGUUAGUGGCCAGCAGCUCCGUCGCCUGCCUAAGCUCCUUGAGGAUGGCUUUCCCAAGAUGCCUUGCACCGUUCCAGAAAGCGAUGUGCCCCAGCUCUUCCGGGAGCCUUACAUCCACACUGGGUACCGCCCCACGGGCCAUGAGUGGCGCUACUAUUUCUUCAGCCUCUUUCAGAAACACAACGAAGUGGUCAAUGUCUGGACCCACUUGCUGGCGGCCCUGGCCGUCCUCCUGAGGUUCCGGGCCUUUGCCGAGACGGAGGCCCUGCCCUGGACCUCGGCCCACUCCUUGCCCUUGCUUCUCUUCAUCUUGUCCUCCAUCACGUACCUCACCUGCAGCCUCCUGGCUCACCUGCUGCAGUCCAAGUCAGAACUGUCUCACUACACCUUCUAUUUUGUGGACUACGUCGGGGUGAGCGUCUACCAGUACGGCAGUGCCCUGGCUCACUUUUUCUACAGCUCUGACCCAGCCUGGUACGAACGGUUCUGGCUUUUCUUCCUGCCGGCGGCUGCCUUCUGCGGUUGGUUGUCUUGCGCCGGUUGCUGCUACGCCAAGUACCGCUAUCGGAGGCCUUACCCGGUGAUGAGGAAGGUCUGUCAGGUGGUUCCGGCAGGGCUGGCCUUCGUGCUGGACAUCAGCCCCGUGGCCCAUCGCGUAGCCCUCUGCCACCUGUCCGGCUGUCAGGAGCAGGCUGCCUGGUACCACACGCUCCAGAUUUUCUUUUUUCUGGUCAGCGCCUACUUCUUCUCCUGUCCGGUCCCAGAGAAAUACUUCCCGGGGUCCUGUGAUAUCGUGGGUCACGGGCACCAGAUCUUCCAUGCCUUUCUGUCCGUCUGCACCCUCUCCCAACUGGAGGCCAUUCUUCUGGAUUACCAGGGACGUCAGGAGAUCUUCCUGCAGAGGCACAGCCCCCUCUCUGUCUACUUGGCCUGCCUCUCCUUCUUCCUCUUGGCUGCCUGUAGUGGUACCACCGCAGCCUUCCUGAGGCGCAAGAUCAAGGCUGGACUGACCAAGAAAGAUUCCUGAGGGUGGCAGCGGGGCGGGGCUUGGAUGGUUUCUUAGGGAUUCACUUGAAAAAACUCUAGAAAGGGGGUGGGUCACUGAAGAUUGGAUUUUUUUUAAGGCUCUGUAUGACUUAAAUUAAACUUUAUUUCUAAGUAUGAGCUUCUGGUUACCG